AUGCACACAGCCCAAAAAACAAAGCAGUAUUUAACGGAAGAAAACGUGGAAUUAUUGGACCAUCCUACAUAUAGUCCCGUUCUAAGUCCUAUCGAUUUCUUUACUUCCCCGAAAAUUAAAAACAGACUGCGUGGUCAGAGGUUCCAGUCACCAGAAGAAGGAGUUGACGCAUUCAACAAUGCCGUUUUAUAG